AUGGAGACUGUGGUAUUUGACCAGACGCCGCUCGCCGAGUAUCUGAGAGACGAGGGCGGAAACGAACCCACCACUUGGGUCCCGGCCAUCACCCGCUCAUCGUCCACCGCGGACCUAUCUGCCGGCGACGACGUCGACGCUGACGACACACCGGGCUCCCCGUUUCCAGUGACGCCUACGCCCGACCAGAGGCACCAGUCCCACCAACAACAGCCACGACAGCGGAUAGAGACCAAAGACGACAACCAGAAUGUCGUACACACUCCGCCGCCGAGCCCACCCUCUCCUAUAUUUGCACCGGUCGGCCGGCCGAUGGUUAGAAAACGCUUCCGCAACAAGAUCCCAAACCCGCUGCGUGUCGACGUUCGGCGCAACACAUCUCUCUCUUCCUCCCUCAACAACCGCUACUCUAGAGCCGUCGCGUCAACAAUAAGCCGUGUUGAUAACGCACAGUUCAUCGAAAAAUUCCGAUAUACAAUCAUUACCUCCCACCUCCUCGGCGCUGCUACUCUCGGCCAGCAUCAACAGCCCACACGACCCGGAAGCAGCAGUGGCGAUUUCAGCGGCGAUCCAGACAACAGGGCGACUCCGCCUGCCCAAGAUAAUCUCGAUGUGCCGUUGCCAACCGCGACUGGCAUUGUAGUGGCCGUGACAAGCGCGUUUGGCCUUUCGUGGGCAGUCCGUUGGGUGUACCUUGGCGGCAUCGCGCACCUGACCAAAAAGCGUUUUGUUUUUGGCUUGGUGUUUGUUGCUACUGCCGUGUUUGUUGGCCAUGCUUACAUACGCCAGCAAUGGCUUCGCUACAUCAGACAGUCGGCUCUGGUAGAAGUUCGGUCCUUUGUCGCAAAGUCGCACGAUUUCGACAGCGCUGCAAGUGCUUCAAUCGCGUUUAUCAAGGAGGUGGAGCUUGUUUCGCGGGGAUACAGAAUAAGCGCACCAUUGCCGCCCAUCAGCCGCAUGGAUGACAGAAGUCAGUCUAGGCGUUGCAUGCGGCUGCGCAAGGUGGUCCGCAGCUCCCUUGUCGAUGCCUUGCCCAAGUACAUCCAGACGGCCGGGGUUAUGAAAGGCUUUGCAGAGCAAACGGAACUUGAAAUGCACUACCACAUUCAUGACAUCACUGAUUUCGACAUCUCCGAUGCUAUGCAAGGCUUUUCCGAGGCCGAGUUUGAUGAUGCGGACUCAAUUCGGACAUUGACCGUUUUAACCUCGCGAUUUCACACAAUUCGCAAGCUGUUCCUGUGCGCGCUCCUUGCACUGGAGGCACGUGGCGACGAGUCAGACUAUCUGCGCUGGGCCACCGCUGUAGAGGGACUUCGCACAUUGAACGAGGUGACAAUUUUCGGCUACCAACGAAUGCGCUCGAUUCUUGAGGCAGAGACGUUUCCGCACAUCGCCACUCCGACGGCACCGUUGUCCCCGGGUCGUGAACGGUGGCGCUCGCAGCUGGGCAAGCUCAACUCGUUGUCGACCGGUAUCCGGGGUCUGCAAGCCAAGCUGGCAUUGCUUCGCGAAGAGUCAGAUCGGUCGCUCAAUGAAGCCGAUGAUAUCACACAACUAGGGCCCAACUUGUUAGCCCAGUAUGAUUCCAUCGGGCAAGAUUUGAAGUUGCUCACCCAGGCUUGGGAGGAAGGCAGAUCGGCACUGGCGUCGGGUAUCGACCGUAACGAGAAGAGGCUUUCGUCAAUCAGUGGUCUCCUUUCCCCGACAGCAUCCCUAAGUGGACUCACCACAGUCGGCGAGGACAGCAUCGACAGUGGUGGAGGAACAGCCGAAGAUGCUCUGCGAGCGCUGACUGGCGGUUCACCCCUUGGCGGUAGCACGGUCGGCGACCCUGACGAAGAGGUCGUGUUCGAGGCUGUGUCCUUGCCCCCCUCCUCACGGCGCCGAAGCAUGCUCACUCGUGAAGAGCGCAUCGCCAGGAUGAAAGAAGACCGCGAGAAGCGGGCCGAAGCACGCGAGCAGGCAGACGCCAAUCGGGGCAUGCUUCGCGAGCUGGAGAUGGUGAUCAACUUACGACCGAAGGGUGGCCACGACAACACCGGCCCAAUGCCCAAGUCUGACGUGGACCGAAAUUCGCUAUGA